ACACACACACACACACACACACACACACACAUACACACACACAGACACACACACAGACAAAGACAAAGACAGCACCAUGGAUCCAGAUGUACUGCGUUGGCUGGCUGCACUGAAGUUGGAGGUGUAUGCGCCCAACUUUGAGCAGCACAGCGUCGUCAACAAAGCGCAUGUCAUGGACCUGAGUGAACAGAAGCUGGUGGAUAUGGGGGUGAACAAGCUUGGUCACCGCAAGCGCUUGUUGAAGCAUGCCGCCAACUUCUCCAUGCCAACACGAUGCUCCUCACACGAAUCAGACCAUUCAAACAGAGCAUCCCUCUCCACGGACGCGAUGGACCAGCAUCAGCACAAGCCGUCGUUUUCAACGCCACCAAUGGAUCCCCCGCCGUCGAGACCACAGCAAGCGCGGCCGCCACUGACAGCACAAGCUUCGAUGCCGACAACCCUGUCCCAGCCACCCCCAGACCCGGCACCACCUCGCCCAGGUGCGCGCCGGCCGCCGCCUCGCCCGCCACUCGCACGUGGGCUGAGCGCCCCGGCUCCGCCGUCAACGCCAGCAUUAGCACCUGGGAUAAGCGCGACCCCGCUCGUUCCCUCGGCCAGUGUUGAAGAAUACUCUGCCCUCCCCCCGCCAAAGCCAACGGCGGACCAGCAGCCCGCGGGCGACACCCCUCCUCAACUGCCUGCGAAGCAGCGCUCGCUUGCUGCCGCAUCAGCCGCCUCAACGGAUGAAAGCAUCUACUCCGUGCCCAUCGGUACGCCACAGCCGACGAAAGCACCGCCCCGUCCUCCUCCUCCGCUGGCACACCGCACCGCCCCACCACCGCCGACAGACGAACUCUAUGCUGUCCCUGAUGACGAGCCCCCACGGCGCCCACACCAUGCACAGCAGCCGUCAUCGGGGGCGGUGCCCACGGACGAGAUGUAUGCGGUCCCAGAUGAGCAGGGCGCGGUACUGCCGUUAGCACCAGGCCCAGCCGGGGAUGGCCUGGAGAUGGAUGCUGCUGCCACCGUUGACGCUGCUGAUGAUGGAGAAGACGAUGGCGCGUACUUUGUCAUGCCACGCUGCUCCACCUCCACUGCCCGCAAGAACCGCCCCCAGCGGGUUAACUUGGCGCAGCGGCGAGAGAGCACACUGCUCGCUGCAACCGUCAACCCCGAGGACCUGGGCGAGUUCCUGCGCGCGUCAGACAAUGCGCUGCCAAUUAUUCAACUGAAGCAGGCCAACAUGUCCGCAUCUGCCAGCGUGUCGAAGCAAGGGUACCUCUCCAAACGGGGCGGUUUGCGCGGCAAGAAAGGUUGGGACCGGCGCUUCUUUGUGUAUGACCGCGGCACGCUGAGCUACUACGUCCGCGAGGGCGAUGAGAAGCCGCAGGGCUUGAUCACGCUGUCGGAUAUGAAGGCCGUGCGCUGGGGUGCAAAGUCGAGUGAUGUGAGCAAGAGCAGAUUUGAGCUCGAGACAUACGAGCGCACGUACUUCCUGUCUGCUGAGACAGCCCAAGACGCCACAGAGUGGGUCACCCUCCUCGGCACCCAAAUUGCCCUCCACAAGCCAGCGCCAACGGUUGGCGGAAACAUGUGUGAUCCUGACAAAGAAGGCUGGCUGCGACAGAAGAUUGGCUUUUCGUGGGUUCGCCGGUAUCUCGCUGUCAAGGACGACACCGUCUGCAUCUACGCAAAAUAUGAAGACUUCAGAAACGAGGAGCCCGUGAAUCAAUUGCCGGCCUCAUUGCUCACCGUCAAGAUUGGCGGAACUGGCAGAAAGGCGAAGAACUUCCAGUUCUUGCUGGUGAGCAACCAGGAGUCAUUUGAGCUUCAGGCACAAUCCAAGGAGGAGAUGAACAGCUGGGCACAGGCCAUUCAAGAGGCCACCCUUUUUAGCCUCAACAUGAUGGAGAGCUCGCAGACCGCGUCGCGCAAGAAAGAGCCAAAGCUCACGCCUGAAGAGGCACUGAAGGUGUUGCGCACCAACCCAAGCAAUGCUCGCUGCGCGGACUGCGGCGCCGCCAACCCAACCUGGGUGUCCAUCAACCUUGGCUGCGUCAUCUGCAUCGAUUGCUCGGGCCCGCACCGUCGGCUUGGCGUGCACCUGAGCAAAGUGAGGUCCGUGACGCUGGAUGAGGUUCCGCCACCGCUGCUGGCGAUGCUCAAGGCCAUCGGCACAGACGCGUUCAACGCGUUCUGGGAGGGAAGCCUUGAGGACGGCAAGCUCACGCCAGCGAGCACAGCCGACGAGCGGUGGAUGUACAUCCAGCAGAAGUACCAGGAAAUGCAGUUUGUCCGGUAUCCGUUUGACGCGACAACAGCGGACGUGGACGCCCUGUUGCUUGAAACAGUGGGCACUCCGAGCAUGACGGCAACCCUUGCACUCCUCACCAUCGACCGCCUCAACAAGGACAUUGAGACCCCCGAAGGCUGGAGCGCCGUUCGCCUUGCCCACGAGCGUGGCCAGCCGGAGCAAGCACAGCUACUGCUGCAGAACGGCUUCAGCUGGAAACCGGGCGAGGAAGAGGCGUGGAAGGCUGCGCAGCAGAGUGCAGACACGGCACCGGGCGCAGCAGAGGACGAGGAUGCGGUCGAGGUGCCGCUGCCCCGCCACCACGAGGGCCCACUGCAGCUGUUUGAUGAGGCGUCUGGGGAAUGGCGGGAGCACUACGCCGUCUUUGACCUGUGCGUUCUCUGCUUCCACGAGAGCGACAAGGACAGCGCUGUCUUCAAGCGUCUGCCCAUGGAGAUCUUGUCAGACGCGGCCGUCUCCGGCACAACAGACCGCUCCUUCGAUGUCACCACCGUCGCAAACAAGAAGCACAUGUUUGCCGCCGAGGACGCCCAGCAGCGCGAUCAGUGGGUCGAGGUCCUCAAGCUCAACAUCGACGCCAUCCCAGAGGAAGCACGCGGGUUUGACUUUGAGGGUGCGGUCAAGUGCGGAAAUCUGCAACGCUUGGUGGACGGCGAGUACAAACACAAGUAUUUUGCUCUGGCAGGCAAGACACUUCACGUGUUCACCAGCCGGGGUGAUCCCACAAAGGAGUCCGAGAUUGACCUGCGCGCCGUUCUGCAGUACCAAGACGGCAUCGCAGAGAUCAAGGAGAGCCAGCGCGGGUCUGUGCGGCGUGAGGGCCGCGCUGCCGAAUUGGCGGCGCCGCCACCGGAGGUUGAAGUCGCUCCAUCCGAAACAGAGUUCUCCCUCGUCUUCCAAAACCACGUGCAUGUGCUGCGUGCAGAGACGGAGUUGUUGAAAAACGAAUGGCUGCAAGUUCUCCGAGAGACACAGGUGUUUGGCGUGCGCCUGGAGGCGAGCAAGACGCUUGUGCCCCGCAUCGUGGACGUGUGCUGUGAGUUUGUUGAGAACUAUGGCAUCUUGACGGAAGGCAUUUACCGCAAGUCCGGCAACGCCGCCGUCAUCAAAGCGCUUCGGCGGCAGUUCGACGCAGACGACGCAGGCGUUCGCCUCACUGUGGACAAGUUUGGCGUGCACGACAUUUCUGGUCUCCUCAAGCUCUAUUUCCGCGAGCUGCCGGAGCCGCUAAUCCCGCACAGCCUGCGCCCAAGCCUCUUCCAAGCCAUGCGCCUCGAGGGCCACGAGGAGAAACUUGUUGCCGUCAAGCAGGUUCUCCAAUAUUUCCCGCAUACCCACUUUGAAACCUUCAAGCGCAUGUGCAUCCACCUCGCGAGUAUUUGCGAGCACUCGUCCUGCAACAAAAUGACAAAGGAGAAUAUUGCUCUCAUCUUUGGGCCAACCUUCUUCAGCGUUUCAGCGGACUCCGUUGGUCUGAGCACCGGCGACACGUCGAGUGCAAUGCAGGUCGUCCGCACUUGUCUCCAGUUUGUGGAGUGGAUGUUCGACUUGGAAGCAAAGUCCGCCAAGGAGCUGACCUUUGAGGAAGGCCUGCGCAAGAUUGAGGAGGCCACAAAGCAGCACAAUGAUCCGGCGAAGGAGGGUGCGCACAGCCCGUUUAUUUAUGAGAUCUUCUUCGACGACACGACCGACGCACACACCGUUCCCGUGGAGCAGGGAACCACCAGCCGCGAGGUUGCGGCAAAGGUUCUGCUGAAGCAAGGUCACACGGUCGGCGACGAAUGGUCUCUGUACGAAUACAUCCGCGACGGCACCCUCUACCGCCCGCUUGAGGACGAGGAAACGAUGCAAGAAGCAGCACAUCGUUGGCGCGGGCACGCCACCCUGCGCAUCAAAAUCAACCCAGUCAAGCCCCUCCUCGACACAAGCACAGACCGGCUGGAAGGAUAUCUGUACGUGCGCGCAGGCAGCGGCUCCGCGUCGCUGUCGCAGCUCGUCAGCCGCAAGGCCUCCAAACUUCUCGGGAGUGUGUCUGUGGGCAAGUCGUGGAAACGCCUCUUCUUCUCAUGCUUUCCCCGCGAAAGCUCAACACCGGAACUGCGAUACUUCAAGGAUGAAACAAAGCAGCAAGAGCUGUCGAGGAUUCCCCUGACACAGGAUGCGCGCGUGUACUUCUCGUCUCUCGCUGAUAAGAAGCCGCCAACAGAGCACUGUCUCGUGUUGCAGAUGCUCAAGGGGGAGCACGCGAAUGAGCUGUACCUGUGCGCAGAAACAGAGGAUGAGCGAGACCAAUGGUGGGCAACACUCACUGUCGCCAGAGAACGCUCGUGACAUCUCCGCCCCGUUACUGUCAUUCAUUCCUUGUAGUGGUGCUUGUUUGGCUCUUACCCCUGUUGUUGCUUGUCACGUGAUUUGUUUUGUUGUUACACCUCAUUCCACCGCUUUUGUUGUCCGCUGCUCCCUGCAACGCAUCGAUUGACGACUGCGUAUAUGUGUGUGUGUGUGUGUAUGUGUGUAUGUGUGUCACUUGUUCUCUUUUUCCCUUGUCUUCUUCCUCUGGUGGCGCCAAACGCCACCCAUGUGUCGAACCCCCCCCCCGGGUCAUUGAUGUUCAGCGUUAAUUGUGCGGUGUCACUGCCUCUGUCCCCCUCCCCCCCUCUUCUCUUUCUCGUGCCUCUUGUGUGUCUGAGACUUCACGCUUGUGUGUGUUGGGUUGUUUUUGGUUUCCAUGGAUGGCCCGUGGUGCCGACGAUGUUGAUAACAAAUCCAAAUUGAACACUUCCCUCGUUC